GUUGGGCCAAGGUUUCGCUUUCGCUGAAAAACCUAACGUCAUAUGACUGUAAGUUUCGCUUUCCUGACAGUUUUAUAUAAUAAGAUCUACAUCGUAUUCAGAUACAUGCAGCUCACAGACGCCUCACGCACGUUCAUAUCACUCGGAAGUGAAGACUUAAUAUUGUUAAAGUUAGUGGCAUAACCAUUUUGUCAACAUGGGAGUCAGAGGACUGAAGACCUACAUUGAAAACAGGAACAGAAAUGAUUUAAGGAGCUGGGCUUUUAGAGACAAACUACUUAUAAUCGAUGGAUGUAACUUGUACUACACUCUGUACUUUGACUGUGAUUUGGAUCAGAUGCAUGGAGGAGACUAUGACGCCUUUGAGGAGUUGAUCACACAAUUCUUUAAAAACCUCAGAGCCUGUGACAUUGACCCUUAUGUUGUACUUGAUGGUGGGGCUGACCACACUGACAAAAAAUUGGACACUAUUACGCAACGAAAACAGGACAAAAUAAAUGCGGCCUUUGCCCUGUCUGUGGGGAAGAAAGUGAAGGUCCUUCCUAUUCUCAUUAAAAGUGUCUUCAGACAGCUCCUUCAUAAGCUCAAGGUACCGCUGGUUCAGUGUCUUGAAGAGGCUGACUGGGAAAUUGCUGCUUUGGCUGAAGAGUGGAACUGUCCAGUUUUGUCCAACGACAGUGACUUCUAUAUAUUCAACCUCAAGGCGGGAUUCCUGCCAAUCACACAUUUCCAGUGGCAAAACGUGAAAGUUGACAGACAGACAAAGAAAAAAUUCAUCCAAGCCAAACACUUUACCGUGAAAAAAUUCUGUGCAUCUUUCAAUAUGAACACAGACCUUCUUCCAGUUUUUGCUUCUAUCUUAGGCAAUGAUUAUGUGAAGCUGCAAAAUAUCAGAUGCCUGACUUGGGCAGAGAACUCACAGAAUGGCAUACAGCAUGACCACAUUGAUGGCUUGCUUAACUGGUUAUCACCGUUUCCAGGGCCAGAAGCAGCUGUAAGUGCUUUGUUGACACGAAUAGAUGACAAAGAAAAAGCCAUCACCCAAGAAGCACUUUCCAAGGGAAUCCAAGAGUACAAGCUCUUCCCUGGCUCUCUUGCCAAGUUCUUCCACUCAAAGACGAUUCCCCGUACAACUUGUACAGGUCUGCUGCAAGUUCUACCUCAAUGCACCUUGAGGCACCUACUUGAGGGAAAGAUGAGCUCCAUCAUUAUCGAUGCAGUGGUGCAUCGAAGGGUUUUUAUGGUAUCUCAGGUUGAAGAUUUCCAACUCCCCUGUAGCAGUGAAACCUCUCGCCCCAUACGCCAGGUGAUUUACGGGUUACUUUUGUUGGGAGAACAACAGACAGCAGACAUAAAAACAUUUACUGGCACAAGUAAGUGUUAUGUAGAGGAAUACUGCAGACAGCAAUUAAAACUAAGCAGUCAGAAAGUUGAAGCCAUACAGACGGAAGGACUUCAACUAAAAACAUUAUGGAAGGAACCACCCAGUGUGCGACUUCAGUUGCUCCUGGACACUUUGGGUGUGUCGUCUGAGAUGUUAAGAGGGAUCCAACCUGCUCUGCAUCUGCAAAUGUUGGUGACAUAUUACUGGCUAGUAAACGCACAGCCUCAGCCGUCCCAAAUGCAUCUUUGGGGGCUGCUGCUGGGAAUGGUCCAUGGAAAGUUCAGCAGUACACCUCAAGGACAAAGAGACAUGCUGUUGAGACCUAAGAAACUACAAACUGCAAGAAGAAGGUUUGAUCUGGAGCAUGAAACGGCUCAUCUAUACAGCCAGUGGCAGUCCUGCCUGAACUGCAGUCUCAAUCUCAAUAGUUUACUGUGUUUUCCGGUAUCUGAACCGGAGGUUGCAAGUUUGUACUGUGGAACACUGGUGCACCAUGUUGUCAGAGAGCUCAGGAGGGGCAUCACUCUGGACUCUCUGCUGGUGAGGGGUUCGAGUGCCGAGCGGCUCUUCAAUCAGCUGAAGGGUGUAGUUGUGAGCUUGGUGGGGGAAGACUUCAUCAAGAAGAUGAGAACCGGGCUCGAGCACAGAGCUGCUGGGAAAACACAAAGAGACUACAAUGGCCAGAAUCAGCCUGUAGAUGAACUGAGCAGUGGCUUUGAACAUCUGAUGUAUGAGGAUAUUAAUGACUCUGAAGAUGAUUAUGAUUUUAAUGCGAAAGGAAGGAAGAGUAAAGGCAAGGAUCAUAAGAAUGAAAUUCCUGAUGUUUCCUACACCAUUCGUACCAGACACAAGACUAAAGCUCGCAAUGCUAAUCAUCCCUCUAAAAAAUAUGAGAGGAGUUGCUUCGAGUAGACCUUAAAGGACUUGUAAAAACAACAACAAAAAUAAAUGUGUUUGCACUAAUACACUUAUAAUGGAAAUGAGACAAGACAUGCCAGUAAAUCCAAAAAAAAUUUCCCAAUCCUGAUUUAAGCUCAAAAUCAAAGGUAUUUGCAUUACGGUGUUGGACUUUGGGAUUUUGGAUUGAGGACUGUUUACACCCAGGAUGAUAACGAUAAAGAUAUUGUUCUCAAAAUAGCAAAGAGUCCACACCACAGCUAUAAAGAUAAAGGCUCAGAGAAAUUAUAUCUUUGGAAUUUUUUUUUCCCAGUUGAUGAACGAUAAAAACAUUGACACCCAAUCAGAAUCAAUUCUGCUAUAACUUGGUCGAGAAUUUAAAGCCGGAGGUGUGGACACUAAUAUAGUUAUCGUUCUUGGUGAGAAUGGGCCUUUAGACUAUGGUUGUGUCAGUGCAAAUUCAACCUAUUCAACACAGUAUAUUAAGUAACAUAUGAGCUUUUAAAAUGAAGUAUCAAAUUUAAAUAUUUUUCUAUUUAAAUCUUUCUUUUGUGUGUAAAUAACCUUACAGAUUUCUAUAUCACGGCAUAAUGUAUUAAUAACUCCAACUUUUUUUUUACAAGUUGUUCUCCACAUACAUAGAACUAUAAUCACAAAAUGUGUUAUAUAUCAACUCUAAAUGGUUUUAUUUUUCAUGUUCAACCUAUUCAACAGAGUAUAUUAAGUAACAUAUGAGCUUUUAAAAUGAAGUAUCAAAUUUAAAUAUUUUUCUAUUUAAAUCUUUCUUUUGUGUGUAAAUAACCUUACAGAUUUCUAUAUCACGGCAUAAUGUAUUAAUAACUCCAACAUAGAACUAUAAUCACAAAAUGUGUUAUAUAUCAACUCUAAAUGGUUUUAUUUUUCAUGUUAUCACCAUAUGUAAAUUAUCCAAUCGCUUAGCACUAAACUGUUAAAUGUAAACAACAGGCAUUUAGGUAUUAUAAACAUUAAAAUCAUGGAUUUCAAUGAUUUGAAUGGAAUAAAAAUGGACCUUACUUGAAAA